AUGUCGCACAACCACACGCACACCGGUGCCUGCGGCCAGCACCAUGAUCACGACGAUGAUUCGCACGUCAAACCCGACCAAGGUGAUCAGGACCUGCUCUACUCGUCGAUCGACCGCGACCGUGUGAUCGCGCUCAACGAGAGCGUCGCCGGCUCCGCGGCAGCCACGAUCAAAUCGUGGCAACAUCGAACCGAUCCUCAACCCGAACUCAUCUCGGACACAGACGACCAACUGAUCAUCCACAUCCCCUUCACGUCCUCUGUGAAACUCUCCACUUUCCUCUUCCGUCCCUCAUCGCAACCGCUCCUCACUCCAAGCGUCAUCAAGCUGUACAAGAACCUGCAUGACAACUCCAUCAACUUUGACGAUAUCUCCUCGCUCCCCGAUACCAAAAUCGUAACCAAACUCGAAAGCAUCCCCACCGUCCAGGACACCACCCAGAUUAUCAACUUUCCCCUCCAUGCAGUAAAGUGGGCCAAUACUGAUGCUAUCACCAUCUUUGUCGAAUCUUCCCUCGGCGGCCAGCAAUCAGGUAUCCAAUUCCUCGGCUUCAAGGGCAAAAGCUCCGGCUACUCAAGAGCUGCUCCUCAGAACAUCGUCUAUGAAAGCGCCCCACAGCUCAAAGAUCAUUCCAAAUUAGGCGCCGAUUCGCUCUCCUCCACGCACGGAUUCGGUCACUGA